CUUAUUUUUCAUGAUAUUCUCUGCUUUUAGGUGUUACAUAAUGCUAUAUUGAUCCGUUAUUUCAUGUCACUUGUCACUUGUCAAUGUAUUCUGGACAUUAUGCUCAUCAUCAAUAAUGAGGGAUUGGUUUUUCACAAUUUUUCAUUGGAAAGGCCAAGUGGCCUAUCAAAAUUCUGUACUUCUAAGUAAAGUGCCUGAACAUGUAUUAAUUGUCUAUAUAGUUUUCACUCUGAAACCUUAGAGACAAGAUACUUGAUGCUUGGUAACUGUGGCUAAAUCAAUUAAGAAUUGGUCAAAAUGCAGAGCAACAUAUCCAAGAGUGAAGAAUAUCUAGCAUUCAGAAGCACUGUGGCACUGAAAAGUGUGAUAGUUGACCACGAUGAUACAAAGGUGUGGCGCCUGUACGACGUCGGUCCGCGCUCGGUCUCCUGUCCCAUCGUAUUCCUGCCGCCGCUGAGUGGGACUGCCGACGUGUUCUUCCGCCAGCUGCUGAGUCUGUCCAGCCGCGGGUACCGCGUGCUCUCGGUCUCAUAUCCAGUGUACUGGUCAGUACAGGAGUUCUGUGAGGGCUUCCGUCGUCUGCUGGACGAGCUGCGGUUGGAUAAGGUGCACUUGUUCGGCUCUUUCCUGGGCGCUUUCCUGGCGCAGAAGUUUGCCGAGGCAACUCGCCAGUCGCCGCGCGUGGCCUCGCUCCUGCUCUGCCAGGCGUUUGUGGACACGCGCAUCUACAAGAAGACGGCGGUGUCGCCCUUCUACUGGCUGGUGCCGGGUCUGGUGCUGAAGAAUAUGAUCCUGCAGGGCUUCCCGAGUCACGACUGCGUCCGUCCCGAUAUUGCCAACUCGUUCGACUUCAUGGUAGAUCAGUUGUCCCAGCUCAGUCAGGCGGAGCUGGCGUCUCGUCUCACGUUGAGCAGCACCGGCUGUCGGGUGGCUGUGGACAAGCUGCGACACCUCCCAGUCACACUACUACAGGCCCUGGAUGCCACAGCGCUCACCGAGCAGGCCCGCGCAGAGGCCGAGCGCUGCUACCCCCACGCGCGUGUGGCGCACCUUAAGACGGGCGGCAACUUUCCGUUCCUGACGCGGCCCGACGAGACGGAUAUGUUCAUACAGGUGCACGUGCGGCCGAUGCUGGGUCACAGCGUCUCUCCGAGGGAGGAGCGAGGUGACGAGCCGGAGCCCGUGCCGGACUCUCCGGUCACCACCGACCAGCGGCCAACCGGGGCAUCCGUCACCACUGACCAGCGGCCGACCGGAGCACCCGUCUGACAUCGCCGUCUGUCGGUCAAGGUGGCUGUCAGACGCCGCCGCCGUCCGCUGGUCGGGGGAUGGGUCGGGGUACCGUCAGGCCCGUCCGUCCGUUGCUCGGGGCACCCAUCUGACAUCGCCGUCUGUCCAUCGGAGUAACUGUCCGAUCGGUCCGUCCUUUGGUGAUCCCUGGGUGACCUCUGCUCUACCGUCCCAGCGCGUAUGUCUGCACGGCUCAGCUUAUGUUCUGCGCAGUGAGUAUCUACGUCGGCUGAUGGCGUGACACGCUCGUAUCAAUGCAGACUCGGAGACUGUCCUGGCUCCCGUGCCGAUUUCGACGCAGCGGCGCACCAACCGUCCGGUGUGUGAGUGUGCGCUGCUCCCGGAGGGGCGUUGAACAGGGUAGAGUGCUGGUCAAUGGUCAUGGACAGCAGAACCGGUGCCCAAGAGGUGCUUGAUGGACAAGUGUGUAAAGAGUCUAUAACGAAUGAAUGCCGUGGCCAGUGCGGUAUAAUUCGGGGAAGCAACUCGAAGGAUAUGGUGAACAGCUGUUAUAGAAGUGUUUAUAUGUAAGCCGGGGGCCAGAAAGCACCUUUCAAUUACAAAGAAGUAGAAUGGGCUAUGUAGGUAAUGCGCCGGUAUUGGGCGGAGGCAUUGUCAAGUUGUGAAGAAGCGUUCAGUUAUCUUGAGUUUUGUAAGUAGAUUAUUUGCUAGUUUGAAUGAGUGAUUUUUAUGUGGAGUCACUGCGCUUCCUUCCGAUUUGUAUGUACACAUGUAAUGUUCAUGGCAUCUGAGACGGGGUUGUAUACGAAGGGUAGAUAUAAUGCGUGUGGCGUUUUCUCUUUCAGUAUUACUUUUGCUUGUUGGGUCUGGUGCUACUGCUUGUUAACUCGGCUUAACUUUUGUACUGUGAACAGUAUGGACAGUACUGUGUAUGAACUGUACUGUGAACAGUACUGUGUUCUUCAAUGCAAAAUGUUGUUUGUGUUCCAGUGAUUUGUGUUCUAAGACAGUAAGAGUACACCUAACUAAGCUA